UAUAAAUUUAUAAUACAUAAUGCAUAUUAAUGUAAUUGACUAAUUGUAUUAUUGUACAAGCGCUGUAACAGAAUUGUUAUGGAUUUAUUGUGCAAUUAAUAUUUAUAAAAUUAAUAAAAUUUAGGUAACUAUUUAAAUUAAUUUUUGCCGCUAGGUAUACAAUUUUAUAAAAAUUUGCUACUCAAAAUGAGUUCAAAGUACAAAUCACCACUAAUAAGAUCAAAAAAUACAUCUGCUACUACAAAUAACCCAUCGCCAUUUCCAAAUGUAGAAUCUCCUUCAAACCCAAUUCAACAAAUCUUGAAGGACGAUAUUGUGUUGUAUGAUAACACUCCUCAACUAUCACCUGCCAAACAAAAUUGGCGAGGACGUGGUGGUAGUUCACCAAGAUUCAAUAGCCCACGAUCCAGAGGCAGAGGAUCACCAUACCAAUGGACUCCUAAUAGAUUUAACAACAGUAGCAGUUCAGAUCAAAACAGUUCGUAUGGUUACACGCCACGCGAACAAAAUAAUUAUUCCUCAUACAGACCACAAUUCAAUAAAUAUAAAAGUCAAAAUCCUAAUAGAUAUCAAAAUUCGAAUAAUGAUAAUAUUAAUGAAAGCUACUUUCAUCCAUCAAUGUUGGAAGAUCCAUGGGCAUCAUUGUUAAAUGAUUCGACAGAUAACACAGAAGAUAGUCUUACAAUAUAAAUAAGUAAUAAGUUAUAUAUUACUACUAGUGGUUUUGUAUCUUUUUAUUCAAAA